AUGGCAAGUGAAGCAAUCCCUCAGACGGAGAUGACUACUCCUACCGUGAACCCCCAAGAGGUAUCAUUCACGUUCCCAAAAGCCUUGCAUACAACAGCACAUGUCCAUCUGAACUUCAUGGCUCAUUGCGCAAUGGUCUUCCUAGCGACUUCCAGCCCAGCGGAGUCUGGAGGCUCAAUCAAACCAAUGGGAAGCUUUGUCUACGCCAUGCCCGACCGGACAUCAUCAAAAUCAACAAUAGCCACAACACUCUAUACAUCAGCACCCAGUAUUGAGUACACAUCUCGCAUAGCCAAGAUCCUGGCGAGGCGGUUCUUUACUCCCGUUUAUGUCGGUUGCAGUAUCGACCCGCAUGGUCUGGGUCUGGAAGUCGAGGAGGAAAUGGAGGGGCUCACCAAGAUCAUCAAUGUUAUCAUGGAGAAGUGGGAGGAACAUAAGAAAGAGACCCUCGCUCAAUAG